AGGUGGUUGCUGCUGCUAUUGCCGGCGCCGGGAAGUGCUGCAGUGCCUCUGGCUCGCCCCACGGAACUGCAUUGCUGUAGGAACGCGCCGGCACCCACAGACCAAGCAGCCUGGCAAGCCGACCGAGAGAGGGAAAGCGAGGUGGGGGGAAAGGAGCCGGCUGCCGGACGACAAGGCCACCUGACCUGCCCACCGCCGGCUCUGCACAUUCCAAAACCAGCCCGUUCCUAAUAAAGCUAUGGGGCUCGGGGACCGUCUCCCGCUGCUGCUUCUCUCCCUAUAAAUACUCGCCCUGGAAAGAAAACAAGCUUUGGUUGCUUCUGUUCUGCCUGUCCCGGACGCAGACAGACCGGCAACUCUCCCCCCUCAAAGGCAAGCGGCAGCAGGAAGGAGGAAAGCAAGCAAAAGCAACUGCAGCGCGAGGCGAGGAGCGCCCCUCCUCCAACCUAACUAAACCGGCGAGAUGCCCCGAGUAGAUGCCGAUCUCAAACUGGACUUUAAAGAUGUCUUGCUUAGACCUAAACGAAGCAGCCUCAAAAGCAGAGCAGAGGUAGAUCUUAUGCGUACUUUCACAUUCCGUAACUCCAAGCAAACCUACACAGGGAUCCCAAUUAUAGUAGCAAAUAUGGACACUGUGGGCACUUUUGAAAUGGCACAGGUUAUGACUAAAUAUGCAAUGUUCACUGCAAUUCACAAGCAUUAUUCUCUGGAACAGUGGAAGCUGUUUGCAAGCAAUCAUCCAGAAUGCCUAGAGCAUGUAGCGGUGAGCUCAGGCAGCGGAAUGUCUGACUUUGAGAAUCUGACAGAUAUCAUAGAGGCCAUUCCACUUAUCAAGUAUAUUUGCCUGGAUGUGGCCAAUGGUUAUUCGGAAUACUUUGUAGAGUUUGUGAAAGCUGUCCGUGUCAGAUUCCCCAAACACACCAUCAUGGCAGGUAAUGUGGUGACAGGAGAGAUGGUGGAAGAACUUCUUCUGUCUGGAGCAGACAUUAUCAAAGUUGGAAUUGGGCCAGGAUCUGUGUGCACCACUCGGAUAAAAACUGGUGUGGGUUAUCCGCAGUUGAGCGCAGUGAUUGAAUGUGCGGAUUCUGCCCAUGGACUGAGGGGGCAUAUCAUUUCUGAUGGAGGAUGCAGCUGUCCAGGCGAUGUUGCCAAAGCUUUCGGAGCUGGUGCUGAUUUUGUGAUGCUCGGAGGCAUGUUUGCAGGACAUGAUCAAUGUGCUGGAGAGGUCAUAGAAAAAAAUGGCAAGAAAAUGAAGCUUUUCUAUGGGAUGAGCUCUGACACAGCUAUGAAGAAGCAUGCGGGAGGUGUUGCAGAAUACAGAGCGUCAGAGGGCAAAACAGUGGAAGUGCCUUACAGAGGGGAUGUGGAAGAUACCAUCCGUGACAUCCUGGGCGGGCUACGAUCUACCUGCACCUACGUGGGAGCUGCUAAACUCAAAGAGCUUAGUCGAAGGACAACUUUUAUUCGGGUAACUCAGCAACACAGCCAAGUCUUUUAUUAGCCAAAGAGGAGAAAGCUUGGAGCUGUGAAACUUCCUGGCUGCUUUCCCUUUCUCUUCCCUCUUGGGGGGCGGGCAAUACAGCUUCUUGCUGGCAUACUCCAAGCUAGAAGCGAAGUGGGUUGAUUGCCCCCAAUGUUUAUUGCAGUGGUGGGGAUAUAAGCCUAAGGAGGACAAGCCAUAAACUGCAGCUAUGUCCAUGAUUAUUAUUAUUUUGUUCAAAAUACAGUAGCACUAUCUUUUUAUAGCCUUGUCUAUUUAAACGAGAAAUCUAGUUUGAACUUUUAAUGACAACACAUGAAAGUCGCCAGGCCUCCAUUCUGUUGGAACAAUUCUCGUUACUAAAAUAAGCAAAUCCACCCAAGCAACCUCCAAGUUGCUACUAGUCUUGCAACGUGAUGUGGAAGUCAGAACAGGACAGCAGCUGUGAAAACUAGAAGAUAUGUAUUGCAGGUGUGUUGCCCAGGCUUGCCAGCCUUGGACCAGCACCUCUGGAAUGAAAAUAUGCGGCUUUAUUUUCACUGUGACAUUAAGUGGUUGUUUAUUCAUGUGUGGUGAUAUAUUAAUGUUCUUAAAAUGGUUGAUUAAAUAGUUACAUUAAUUUUA